AUGGCUGCUACAGCGCGGCGCCAACCCUCCGUUGUUGUCGUCUUUUCUCGUACUACGCUGCUCCUCGCUGCCCUCCUCCCGGCCGCCCUCGCGCGCACGCUUCUUCCCGACAACGUCUAUAUUGCCGACGAUGACGUCAUCGGCUCAUACUGCGAGGUGAUCCUCGGCGCGCCAUCAGACCCCUUCUCAUCGGUCGACGUCUGUCUCAAGGUGCACCGGCACCCCACCCACCGCAACACCAUAAGCCACAUGGACUUUGUAGCCCAAAUCGAAGGGGUAACUUCGGCUUCCACCCCCUCCUCGCCCACCAUCUCCCUGACCGACUCCCAUACAGUCACAGUCCCCUGCAGUCACUAUGAAUCCGAGCCUUAUCCUUAUGUUGAGGGCAGCUUACUGUACCGAUGCCAGGAAAGCCUCUCAAAGACUGAUCAGCGUGUGAUUAUAGAGGGGUUUGCCAAGAGCCCGUUUCCUAUUGUCACAUUAAAGGUGGGGGAAACGCCUGUUAGAGUCACAUUGGCGCAUUCCCUUGCUUACUACUAA